AUGACGACCCAAGCUGAGGUUAUCCACGAGGAGGACAAGGAGAAGGAGAGUGAGAAGCACGACGUGGCCAUCAUCUCGCCAGACAAUGAAAUCGAGGCCUAUGAGAAUCGGGCCUUGGACUUGCGAAGCGUCCUGGGUAUUGCGUUGGCCUUUACCUAUGAAGCCUGCAUCCUGUCAUUCAUCGUUCCCGUCGUCAUUCCGUUGACCAUCAACGCCGACAUUGGGCCUUCGACUCAAAUUGCAUGGGUCGCCCAAGCCUGGACUGUGGGUGGCGCAGUCACUCAGACCGUGGCCGGUCGUUGCAGCGACAUCUUUGGUCGCCGGAACUUCUUCAUCGCAGGCAAUCUUCUUGGUUUAGUUGGAACUAUUGUGGCAAGCCGAGCCGAUAAGGUCAACCAAGUUAUUGCUGGCACAGCCUUGAUGGGUGUCGCUGGUGGUAUUCAGCAAAUCGCGUAUGCGGCCGCCAACGAGAUUGUCCCCCGAAAACAUCGAGGCAGCGCCAUUGCCUUUAUGAACGUGUUUGCGCUCCCCGGGUCAGCAUUUGGCUCCGUCAUUGCAUAUGCGAUCGUUGCGGAUUUGAAUUGGCGCUGGACAUUCUAUAUCGGGGCCAUUGCCAACGGCUGGGCGUUCUUGUUGAUCGCCAUCUUUUACUGGCCCCCUGGCUUUGUUGGCCUUCACCCAGGAAAGACCAGGUUCCAGCAAUUCAAAGAGCUGGACUUUUUCGGGCUGGUCUUGUUUGGCGGUGGCCUGACCUGUUUCCUGCUCGGUAUCUCCUGGGGCGGCAACCCAUAUCCCUGGACUAGCGCACAUGUGCUGGCACCGUUGAUUCUCGGAGCUGUCACCCUCAUCGUGGCAUUCCCGCUCUGGGAGAUCUACAGUCCCGACAACCUGGCCAAGCUGUUCCCUCCGGGUGUCAUGAAGAACGUGAGGGGUUUUAGUCUGCCGUUGGUUGCGAUCCUGAUUUCAGGAAUGUCGCUGCAAUCUCUUCAAAUCUUGUGGCCUCAGCAGGUGCAGUACUUGUUCACCCAGGUGCCCAGGACCAUUGGAUGGUACAGUCUGGCUUUCAAUCUUGCGGCAACCAUUGGAAUCGUCGUGUCCGGGACCAUGUUUGGCGUGGUCAAGCGGACCAACUGGCAAUUCUUUGUCGCCACAUUGUUGCAGACAACCUUCAUCGGCGCCAUGGCGUCUGUGAAUGAGAACACGCCCGCGCGAGCUAUUGUGCUGGUGGCAUUUGCGUCCUUUUGGGUUUCGGCCGCGCAGGUCAUCGGUGUGCUCCUCGUCCAGUUUGGUGUUGAGGACAAGGAUAUCGGUGCUGCCACAGGGUGA